CCCUCCUCCCACCUCGUUCUUGGGGUUGUGAAGGGUUUCAAGGAAACAAAGCCUAGGAGCUUUGGGUUUUGAGCAUAUAGAUCUAAGAGAGAGAGAGAGAGAGAGAGAGAGAGAGACCCAAGUUCCCAGUAUACUAAUAACUCUCCCAGCUGGGUUUAAUUCCUCAUCUCAUCAGAUUCUUUUCAUUUCCUUGGUUUCAUUUCCUUGGUUUCUGGGUUGGUUGCUGAUCUCAAAGCCCUCUCUCCACGCUAUUCCAUGCGAUGGAUAUGAGCACUUGGCUCGGCUUCUCCCUCUCCUCUACAAAAGGAGAGAGCUCAUCUUACUGCGAGGAACCUCUGAGCAAUGGAGGAGAGGGUGGUGGUGGUGGUGGUGGUGGUGGUGGUGUUAAUGGUGGUGGGGGUGGGGAUGUGGGUUUUGCUUCGCCCCCUCUGCAUGCUAUGCCCUUGCGCUCUCGUGAAUCCAUUUGCUUCAUGGAACAAGGUGCUUUUAGGCCAUCUACUGAUUGGAAAUAUGGAAGUGCUAUGUCUACUCAAUCUAUCACCUCAAAUGAAGAAUCAAAAGGGCCAAAGCUUGAGGACUUUUUAGGAAGUUAUAUUGAAACAGCCAAUGAAGAUCACCAAGGCCACCACCAUGAGCCCAUCACCAAUCUCCAUGACAUGUACUACAAUGGCCAUGGUGGCCUCAACAUUAAUGUCAACAUGCCCCCCUCUUUUAGUCCCCAAGAGGGAGACGCAGAUCAGGAAGAUGCGCAAAGUGCAUUCCAAUUCAUGCAAUCCUUUCACAAUCACCCGAACCUCAAUCCUCAAUUCCUCGUGCCCACCCCUAACUUGUACCCAAACCCUAGCACGAACCCAAGCCCAGCUGGUUCUGUGUACAGUGUGGGCGCCGACGGCUCGUCGACCUCGAUAUCGGGGAUCAAGUCGUGGCUCCGGCAAAACCCGUACUUGCCGGAGAAGCAAAUCGUCGAGGCAGGAGAAGCCAACGUUCGGUCGCUGACCCUCUCGAUGAGCCCCGGCUCGCAUUUCGUGCCGGGUGCGAUCAUGUGCGCCGACGAUGACCCGAAGAGCUCGGCCGCAAAGUGCUCGGCCCGAGAGCAGGUUCCCAGGAAGUCAAUUGAGACAUUUGGGCAGAGAACUUCUCAGUAUCGAGGCGUCACGCGGCAUCGAUGGACAGGUAGAUACGAAGCACAUUUGUGGGAUAACAGUUGCAGGAAGGAGGGGCAAACCAGAAAAGGAAGGCAAGUUUAUUUAGGGGGAUAUGACAAUGAGGGAAAAGCAGCGAGGGCUUAUGAUUUAGCUGCACUGAAGUACUGGGGUCCAACAACUCACAUUAAUUUCUCACUAAGUACCUAUGAGAAGGAGCUGGAAGAGAUGAAGCAUAUGACAAGGCAGGAGUUUGUAGCACACCUAAGAAGAAGGAGCAGUGGAUUCUCUAGAGGGGCAUCUAUGUACAGAGGAGUUACUAGGCACCACCAACAUGGUAGAUGGCAAGCUAGAAUAGGAAGAGUGGCAGGAAACAAAGAUUUAUACCUUGGGACAUUCAGCACUCAGGAAGAGGCGGCCGAAGCCUACGACAUCGCGGCCAUCAAGUUCCGGGGCGUGAACGCGGUGACCAACUUCGACAUCAGCAAGUACGACGUGAAGCGCAUUUGCUUGAGCACCCGCCUCAUCGGCGGCGACCUCGCCAAGCGCUCGCCCACCGCCUCCGACUCCGCAAACGGUGGCCCACAGCCUCUCGCCGUCGCAAACCCUACAGCCGCCUCCGUCGGCGGCGGCUGCGGGGCAACGAAUGACUUGUCCGGGAGCCCUAGGGUUUCCGAUCUGCAUCAUAGCGGCUACGGGGCUCUCCCCAACGCAUUUUGUAAUGCGAGUCCGGUGAAAUUCGAGGGUGGGGAGAAUAGUCGUAAUGGUGGGAGUGAAGUCGGAGGUUUGAACUGGAUGGCGGCCGCUGCGGCCCCCGCGGGGCUUCCGAUGACGGCUCGUCAUCGGCAUCUUCCGAUGUUUGCGCUGUGGAAUGAAUGAGAAUAGGUGUAUGCAUGUAAACGUUUAGCUUCGUUAAUUAAGGCCUAGUAAAUGUUACUCAUGCAGCGCCCUUGUUAGUUAGUACCUCGCAGGUGCUAAACAGUUUUGGUGCGCGCAACAUGUAAUGUUUCAAACUCGCAGCUGAAAAUUGACUUCUCAGCGAUGCUUUACUUCA